CAAGUUUUCCCAUCCAGGACCUCGGCCUAAAUAGAUCUCAUUCGCGAAAACAGCCCCGCGGAAUCUCCAAACUACCCCCGAGCCCUAAUCCCCUCCUCCUUCCUCUGGCGACGGCGGCGGCCAUCAGCCACCGAAUUGGUUCGUCCCAACCCGGAUUUCCUCUCCCCGCUGCCCGAUUUGAGUGUCAUUGCAGAACCACUCAGGAGCAUGGCAGAGGGUGGUAUUGUGGUAGCCAUUUGCCAAUAUGGCGGGGAGUUCACUUCGGGCCCCAAUGGUAAUUUGAUCUACAAAGGAGGAGAAGCGCAUGCUGUUGAUGUCUCUCGGGAGAUGUCACUGGACAGCUUCAAGGAUGAGGUGUCCAAGGUGUUCCAUGUCGAUGUCACUGAUAUGUCGUUCAAGUACUUUCUUCCGAACAAUAACAGAACACUCAUCACAAUAUCAUGUGAUAAAGAUUUGCAACGGAUGGUAGAUUUUACUGCUAGUGCUGCACAAGCAGAUGUUUUUGUGAUAAGUAGAGUGGAGAACAGGAGUAUUGUAACAUACUCUGGAGCUUUGACUGUUAAACCUGGAUCUAGUGCAAAUGGUGACAAAAGGAAAAGGCCAUCUCCGAAAAAGAAGGCAUCCAAAAGUAAUACGAAUACCCCCACUGCUACAGCCACUGCAGUUCAAGCUAAUACUAAUGAUGUGAAUCAACCAAGACCGGUUGUUACUUUGAAUGACUACAACGGGGAUUUUCAACUGGAAUUUGGGCAUGAUGUUGCCUUAGCCACCACAGCUGAAGCUGUUUCCUCUGCUCCGGAUGUUCUGAAUCAGGAGAAGCUUGCUCUUGUUGAUAACACACCAAGAUGCUGGCAUGGAUUUUGCAGGGACCCGGUUGGGCUUUUUGAUGAUGCAAUCAAUGCAUAUGAUGGUUCUGAGAUCAUAAUAGAUCCUCCACAGGAAUUUAACGAUAAUCCUACUGUAUCUUGGGAUGACAUUAUCAAAGGUGUCGGUCAAGAGUUUGAUAACGUGAAGGAUUUCCGUGCUCAGUUGUGCAAGUAUGCCAUCGGGAAAGGAUUUGUGUACCGAUUCAUUAAGAAUGAAACUACUCGUGUUACUGUUAAGUGUGUUGGGGAUGGCUGCACCUGGCGAUUGCAUGCAUCCGAGUCAUCUCGUAACAAGAAAUUUGUUAUCAAGAAAAUGACUGGUGAACAUACAUGUGGAGGAGGAGAUGGAGAAGGUCAGCGGCGAGCAACAAGGCAGUGGCUGACUACCGUCAUUAAGGAGAAAUUGAGCAAGAACUCACUUCUGAAACCAAAGGACCUCGUCAAUGAAAUAUAUGAAGGAUAUGGAGUCCUGCUAACCUAUUCACAGGUUUGGCGAGGUAGAGAAGUGGCACAGAAGGAGAUGUUUCAUGUUGUCAGGGAAACGUUCGGCCAUUUGCCCUGGUAUAAGGAGAGGCUUUUGCAGACCAACCCAGGGAGUAUACUCGACUUGUCUGGUCUGGCAGAUACAAAAUUCCGCCGCUUUUUCUUUGCAUUCCAUGCUUCUUUGUAUGGAUUUGCAAAUGGGUGCAGGCCUCUCCUAUUUCUUGACAAGGUUCCACUCAAAGCAACAAAUGAGUACAAGUUGCUGGUCGCUGCUGCAGUUGAUGCAGAUGAUGGUGUCUUUCCAGUGGCAUUUAAUGUGGUUGAAGAUGAAAAUUUCGAUAGCUGGGUUUCGUUCUUGACAAAUCUGAGGUUUGCUCUCGAACAUCAUAACUACCCAUUAAAUGUUAUGACAUUCUUGUCCAAUGGGCAAAAGGGUCUGGAUGCUGCUGUCCCUCAUGUGUUUGAAGGCAGCCACCACGCCUUCUGUUUGCAUCAUAUCAUGGAGGAAUUCAAAGGAGAACUGAAGAAGGGACCAUGGUCACAACAGAUAAGAGAUGCGAUGGUUGAGGAUUUUACUCGUGCAGCCCAAGCAUGCAGCAUUGAUGAUUUUAAUGCAUCAAUUGAGAGCAUAAGGAAUAUAUCCACUGAAGCUGCCGACUGGAUCAUCGCAAGUAAGCCGGAGCACUGGUCAGACGCCAUCUUCGCAGGCUGUCGGUAUGACCAUUUCUCCUCGAACAUUGUUGAUGCGUUUAAUAACUGGAUACCAACAAAGAAGGAGGGUUCGAUGGUUCUGAUGAUGGACUCGCUGAGAAUAAAAAUAACGGAGACAAUAGAAGCGAGGCGUGAAGCCUGCAUGUCAUGGUCAGGGCCUUUAACACCUUCCAUGGAUUACAAAGCACAGGACGAGAUGGCGAAGGCCGGUAAGCUGAUCGUGCUGUGCUCAUCUGAGACUGUGUUUGAAGUACGGGGCAGUGGUAUUUUUGUUGUUAAUCUUGCAAAUUGGGAAUGCACCUGCCGAAGGUGGCAACUUUCUGGCCUCCCUUGUAUGCAUGCUGUUGCUGUGUUCAAUAGGAUUGGGCGAUCUUUCUAUGACUACUGCUCAAAGUUUUUCAGAAUAGAGAGCUACCAUUUGACAUACUCAGGAACAAUCUUUCCAAUUCCUGACAUGGAUAGCUUUGAUUUUACUGCUGGGGCAACGAUCCCACCUCCCAAGCCACGGACAUCAGAUAAACCGAGAAGGAAGAGGAUUAACCCCAACAAGACAACUACUCUUAUACGGCUCUGUAGCAGGUGCAAACAAGUAGGCCACAAUAAGGCAACGUGUGAAGCUAUUUUGUAGACAAAGCAAACCCUUCAUCUCCAGUAUGUAUAGCAGGUUCGCUUCGAGGCCUAGUGUGGUGAAAGAGAUAGAUAGAGGCUUUUGGUGGUGCCUGCUGUAUGUAGUAGAUGGAAUGUGGGAAUGAUGCAAGACACCGAUUUUUAUGAUUAUCAUUUUGUUCAUAUGAAGGUUUGAGCUGAAAACAAUGUUUAGCAAUUGGGACUAGAGAUGAUGAAAAACGCUAGCUUUGCUAGCUUUGGACAGUGUCAGCUGAAAGCAGAGUAGACGAUGGUUUUAGCAGUUACUUUAACUUUAUACUUUAUAGCUGUAAGUUGGUGUUUGAAAAGUCUGGUUCAUGAUUACUAUUUUCGUAUUGUACAAGUAUACUAUGCCCUGCUUGGGUACAGUCAUAUAUAUACCCAUGUUAAUGUUA